CGUUGGAUAAGAACGAGCACACGCACGAGCAAUCGUUAUGUUGAAAACGCGAUUGACGAGUCUCCUGCGGGGCGUGAAACUGAUCGUAGAAGUGGUCGUGAUGGUGAAAUAUCAGCGAGAGAUGGAGGUCCUACUAGGUCUACUCGUGGGAAUGAAGAUUACUA